ACUUAACAAAAACUUAACCCCUGCUCACAUGUAAGAAACGUACCCCUGUUCCCGUUAGUGUGUGUGUCCUAAGAUUUAAAAGAACAGGAUUGCUCUUCAGAGUCAUCCAGGUGCUCUGCCGACCAGGGUAUAAGCCCCAUCCCAUCCGAACCCAAGGCCGGGCCUGCCCUGUGCCUCUGGGAGGGAGCAGCAGCCCAUCAGCCUGGUGUUCCCACACUCACCUGUGCCUUUGUUUCCCGCAGGACGUGAAGGGCGCCCUGAGCAGGAGCCAGGCUGUGCGGCUGGAGAUGCCAGAGGCCCUGUCCUUGGAGGUUGAGACCGAGUGCGACGUCCCCGAGCUCUACUUUGACCUGAGGAAACGUUUGAGGAGCCAUCAAGUCGGCGUGACUCUGGAUCCAGAAACAGCGCAUCCGGAACUAAUUGUGUCCCAGGAUCAGAGACAAGUGACACGGGGCCCCCAGCGCGAGGGGGACCUCUCUCCCUGGAGGUUCAUGGUCUCGCCCUGCAUCCUGGGCCGGCAGAGCUUCGCGUCCGGGCGGCAGUACUUCGAGGUGGACGUGGGCGAGGGCACGGGCUGGGACGAGCGGCCCCUGGUCGUGGGGGUUCUCCUGGACUGCGGGGUCGGGGUUGUGUCCUUCUACAGCGGGACCUCGGGCUCCCACAUGUUCACCUUCCCCAGGGCCUCCUUCCCGGAUGCCCUGCGGCCCUAUCUCCAGGUUUACCCCUAUUCCCCCCUGUUCCUGCCCAGCCUGGACGAGUGA